AUGGGGUUGCCCUCGCCGCAUCUGCUGAGGUUGAUCGUGAGCUGCCGUAAGAUUGCGGUGGAGGUCACCUCUCCCCGGACCUCCACCAUCGUCGCCAUGGCGUCCUCCGACGAGCCGGAGUUUUUCGUCCAGAAUCACGCCCGGAACAGCCGUUUCCCCCGCACUCGGAUCUCCUGGGACGCCCGCGUCGCCGCUCGGGUCGGCGAGAAGCUAGCCCUCCGCCUCUGCGACCUCGGCGUGUCCUCCGUAGAGAUCGACCUCGGCGAGGAGCUCUCCCGACCGGCGCACUUCCGCCGCCCCGCUGCCUCUCUCCUUGGUUCCGUAGCACGCGCCGGCGUCCACGUCGCUGGAUUCGACAAACUACAUUACCCCUAG